AUGGCCCCCGUACGAACAAAGCAGCGAGUAUCAGACGCGAUGGCGGAUCAAAGAGUUCCCAUACGGCCCAGCCCAACAACACCUCACCACCGAAGCCCAAUCAAGAAGCGACAGGGAGGAAUCAGUCUACACCAGAAGCAGGCUCUCAUCGACAACCUCCAACUAGAAAUCACCGAACGCGCUCGAAGACUACGAGCCCAGUACAACCUCCAGGCGCAAGGCCUCCGAGCGCGUGUCGAAAUUCGAAUUAACCGAAUUCCCGUGUCCUUGCGAAAGAUCAAGAUGGGUGAUCUCCUACUCAAGCACCUGGAGCAAGAGGAGAAGCGGUCAACAAGAGCAGCAGUUCCUGCCAAGGUUAUUUCUGCGCGAUCCCCCCAGAAGCCGGCGCAGACCAGCACUCUCGCUGUGAAACCCGCCGGACGCGCUCAAAAGCGCAUGAGCGACGCGAUCUCUGGAGACAAGGAGAAUGACUUGGUCGAGAACGCCAAGAAGCGGAUUCGUGUCAGGCCAGGUGCAGACGUUCGCCCAGCACAGAUUUUGUCACCAACCUCCUCCAAUUCGCGUCUGAACCGACCCCGACCUGCAUCCCCUGUCAAGUCUGCCAUCGCACGCCCCGCUUCACCGCUAAAGAACUCUGGGCCGACGCGCACCACCGCGACAAGUGUCUUGUCCAGCAUGGUGGAGAAGGCCAAAGCGACCCGGGCUGGAGCGGCACGGAAGGUGACGGCGACUUCAAACGCGAGCUCAAGUUCUAGUGGUACGACCGCUGCCACGCGAACUAGGCGGGCGGCUGCUCCUGCAGCAUCUCGAGCCCCUCCAUCCCGGCCUGCUACAAGAAACGCUCGCAGAGUUAGUGACAACAGCGAGACCAGCGAGGGCAGCACUGGGACAGUAGUGAAGCGGGGGGCUGCGGCCAAGCCGGCACCCGCAACGAAGAGAGGAAUGAUGAGCUCCAUCAGGAAGGGGGUGACAGGGGGUGCGAAGAAGGCGGCUAGCAAAGCUGCCGCACCAGCUGCCGCUCCAACAACAGGUACGGGGCGAGUGCUACGGAAACGAGGUUGA